GAAUUUCACCUCGAUAAGUUCGACGAGUUCGGAAGGAAGAUGACCCCGAAGGAGGCGUUCCGGGAGCUGUGUCACCGGUUCCACGGCAUCGAGCCCGGAAAGGCGAAAAAAGAGAAGCGACUGAAGGCGUACCAAGACGAGGUCAAGGCGAAGAAGACGAGGGAAGGGGACACGCCGCUCGGGUCGAUCGACAAGAUGAAACACGUGCAGAAGAUUCAGGCGAGCCCGUACGUG